GCGUUUGGAAGUAGCGUCUCGGAAAUUCGAACAGCGAGAUUUCAAUUGUUCGGGCCGCCCGUGCGAUUGGAUACAUGUUCGAACUCUUUGUCAAGUCGCAUCUUUCGCUUGGCCGUUUCGGGACGCGAGCGCAGGUCCGCAUGCUGGUUAACUGCUCUUAGCCAACUUGACUGAGCCCCAGUGGACAGAUAGCUAGCUUGGAUACACAGAGUUUUGCGUGUGCUAUUGACAUAUCGCCCGCGAACCGGUUUGCGGAGGCUUGUUUCUCGUCGCUGCUGCGCGAGCUGUUUGUGUCCGCGAGCGGAUCAUCGCCGACUCCCCCCGCCCCCCCCCUCCCCCCGAAUAACGUGUUGAAAAUUACGGUCCAGGAGUGGUUUUGUUUUUUGUUUUUCCUCCUGUCACGGAGAUAAGCGAGCGCAGGCCCUGGAAUGAAAACAAUGAGCCACACGAAGCGGCGGACGGCGGAGAGGAGGAGCCCGGGCUCGGCAACUGCCUGCCCGCCGUAGGAACCCGGUCCACCCCGCUGGUGUCGGCCCCUGUACGGCACGUGUUCGAACUGCACCAAACGAAUUUUCUUCGGGUUUUUUUUUUUUUUUGUGGCACGUUGAUGAAUAGGCCACGAACUGGUACCUACGGCUACGCGGGAGAAGCUCACACUUCUUGACAUAUUAUUAUUCUUAUUAUUAUUCCUGCAGCACCUGAGGAAACAAGUUGGGCGCCUCAGCAAAAAAGUACAAGUGUUUCUCCUCCUGACAUUUACGGAAACAAAACAACGUCGGUCGAAUUUGUUCGAGACUAAUAUGCUAUAGUUGCAGCAAUAGGUGUAACGUAUAUAUUUGAGCGAUUGGUAGCCAGAGUGAAUGUUUUGCUCGGAGCUUCGCGCUGGCAGAAGAUGUGGAUCUUGGGUCUGCCGCUUCUGGAAGGGCUUCCGGUGACCAUGGCCGAUUCAAGCGCAAGGGACCUGCUGUAGGCCUGCGGUAGCAACAUGAAGGUGCAGUCUGCCGCAGGCGUUGACAUCUCUCAGGUGUCCUUGGGCGAAGGCGCAGAGCGCAGCGACGUGACCCACGAGUCGGACGAACGCAGACGCUUGGGCUCCCGCAGCCUGGACUGUGCGUCCGCGGACAAGUCGGAUGGAUUUCGGGAGAGCCCCGUCGUCGUAGUGCCGGGUUCUGGACCGACGCUCGGUUCUGAAUGUAGCGGGACUCCCGGGGAGAUCAUCAACGGGGUGGCACCUGUCUCGGCUCAGAGGAAAGACGUGUUGGAUUGUGGAAAGGUUGAUGGUGCGGGUGGUGAAGGUGAAACGGGAGAAAUGUCAGAGGACAAUUCGGAUGGGGUCCACGAGGACGAGGAGGAGGACCUCAGCUAUGAACUGCAGCAAGCGCGUAAGAUAUUCGGUGGAUUUCUCCUGGAGAAGCACAAGGCCGUAACGGCUCCCUUCAUGCAGCCCACCAGCCCCGGGGCUGCGGGGGACAGACACCACAACCAGCAGCCUAUGAGCUUUAGGAGGAUGGAGGAAAAGUUUGAUAAUCUGGAGUACCAAACCAUCACCGAGUUCGUAGCCGAUUUCAGACUCAUGUUGGAGAACUGUUACAGGUUACACGGUGUUGACCACUGGGUCUCCAAACAGGCACAGAAGUUAGAAACCAUGCUGGAGCAGAAGCUGACAUUGUUGUCCAGAAUUCUUCGAGAAAAGACUACGCUGGCCGUUACCUCAAAAGGUCGCUUUGGGAUUGAGGAAGAGAAGGGACUUGGGAAUACCUCCACACGCCGACGCUCUGUUCCUCGUAAUCUUUCAACUCUCACCGUGGGAGCCAGUGAGUCCCUCAUGGUGCAAGCACUGAGGCUAGAGGAGCAGCAGAGAGCCAAGGAGGAGAAGAGGUUGCGCGAACUGGAGAAGAAAGAGGCAGAAGAGGCUUCUGCUAAGGAGCUGGAUGACUGGGAACGGAACUUGCUGGCUAAGGCCACCCAGUGGCCUGUGGAGACUCUGUGGGAACUACCUGCUAUUGGCCACUUUCUAUGUCUGGCCCAGACAGCGCUCAACCUCCCAGAGAUUGUCUUCUUCGAGUUGGAACGCUGCCUGCUUAUGCCCCGAUGCAGUGCCUUCUUGGCUAAGGUCAUGACUUCACUGCUGUGUCACCCACAAAAGCGAGCCACCCUGCACCGCCGUCCUCCCUUGACGUACCGCCGCUGGGAAGCAGCACUACGGCACAAGGUCCUUGGAUGGUACCACAUGAUGGGGCAGGCUGAGGACACGACAGCCUGUGCUGAGCAGCUCGGUCUCUGCCCACAAUUCUUCCGAACACUGGGGGAGACGAGCCCCCUGGAGGAGAAACCUUUCCACCAGCUACCAUUCAACCAGCGUGUCUGGCUACUUAAGGGCCUGUGUGACUUUGUUUAUGAGAACCAGAAGGAGGUGCAAAAUGCAGUGCUAAGCCAGCCCAUCCACGAGUGCCGGGAGUCAAUCCUGGGAUAUGAUGGUCGCGAGAACGCAUAUAUUCACUUCCCACAUUUCUGUGGGGCAGACCUACGUAUUUAUUGUCAAAGUCCCAGUACGCCUCCAGAAUUUCCACCCCCAGGCAUCCGGGUGAAGAGGCUCGAUCGAGUGAAGAGGCUGGAACAGGUGACGAUGGUCAAGGAGACUGUGGGAACCAAAGGAGCAAUGGUGUUGGUAGACACUGAGGGGAACUGUGUGAAAAAGGAGACUGGCAGUUGCAAUUCAGAAGUGAAAAAAGGACUAAAUGAGGAACUGCCUCAGAAUGGUUUGGGUGUUGAAAUAAAAGACAAAACUGACCAAAAAAGACCUGCUAACAUGCUCUGUUCUUGUAAGCAAGAUUGUGAUACUCCAAAAAUUGAAGGUAUUAAAAUAGAGCCCACCGAGGUACAACUUAAAGAAGACUAUCUGCCUUUUGCAAAAACAGGAUCAUGUGAACCAUGUCUAAAGAUGGAAGAAGCAAAUAAUUCUUUCCAGAAAAGGUUAUUUGUAAACUCUGAUGAGUUCUUCCAUCAUAAUCAUGGAAAGGUUUGUUUAGAGGGGAAUGUAUCGUCUGCGGCUAUCCAAGAUGCAUGCUCAGCAUGUGGCUCCAACAAAGACGCAAACCAAGAGUAUCAGUACUCUUGCUCUGUAAUGCUGGCAGCUAAAAUGGAUUCCCUGGAGUGUUCCUUCCCACAGACUUCUUCUGAGGGGCAAUCCAGUCGAAUGCGAACAAAGAAAAAAAAAAGGAAGAAAAAGAAAGUGAAGGACCAGGGGGCUAAAGAAGGGCAGACCAGCAAACCAGAUGGGACUCGACAAAGUCAGGCCAACUCCAAAGUUAAUCUCAAGAAAUCAGAUGCAGCUCAGAAGAAAAAAUGCAAAAGGAAGAAGCAAAAGUCAGAGAAAAAGUUAGAACCGAAGAAGUUGGCAGCUAAGAAGAAAAAAACUGGUCCAAAACUCCUGGCUGAGCCCAAAUUUCAGCUUGUGUGCACCAGUCUGGAUGAACUCAGGCAGCUGAUCAGUAAAACUGAAGAUGAGCUUGAGGAGCUUGAAAACACCAAAAAGAAAUCUGGGAAGUGGUACUUCAGGAGGCAAGCGGUGAAGGACCUGCAUAUCACCCUCAUUCGACUGCUUAACGAGCUCUUGCCAUGGGAGGCCAAACUAGUCAAGGCUUUCCAGAGGAACAGGGCACGGUUAAAAAAAGACUAUGAUGAUUUCAAAAAGCAUCCUGAGUACAACAGUUUUGUCCGAGAAGAGUGGGCUGAAGAGGAGGGAGAUGGGGUUACAGGGAAGGGCGCUAACUCAACCGAUCAGGGGAAAACAUCUGAGAAGCAGGAGCAGUCAGUGAAGAAGGACCAAGUCAAAGCAGAUGACACUAAACAGCAAGUUGAAUUCUCACGAAGGAGCCGGACACCUAGAAGAGAAAGUGUGGCUUCAGAUGAGCACAAAGCACCUUUAAGGACAUCUAAACGUGCACACAGCAGCAACAUGGAUGAAGAGUUGAAUUCAAGAAAGAAGAUCAAAAAUACAGAUGAGGAAGAGACAUCCUCUGUAAUGCAGACUGAGUCUGAAGUCAGGGAACCAAACCCAGCAACAGAGAACUCAGCUGCAGAAACCGGCAGGGUUAUGACACCUAUGGCUUCUUUUCAAAAGGGCUCCAAACCCAUCCAGGCCUUGUUAGCCAAGAGUGUCGGGAACAAAGUGACCUUAAUCAGCCAGCCUGCUUCAGCUGCCAUGACCAGCCAGGUGCAGAACAAGGCAGAGAUCCCUUCACAGCCAACAACCAAACCCUUAACAAGCCCUAGGCAGCCAUCAGAACCAUUACUCACACCAAAGAGUCCUGUCCAACUCAUAUACAAGGUGCCAGAAAGUUUCGAUCAACUCAGGAAAGGCAGCAGUCCGGUAAAGGUCCCAGUUCUGGACCAGAAAACUGAGGAAAGGAUCGUGCAACAGGUCAUCAUCCUACCUUCCACAAAAAACCCUCAUUCUGAGAAUUUAAUGCCCAAUCCUGUUUCCACAGCUUCUGCUGUUGGGUCCACUGCCCCUGGCUUACCCAGGGUAGAUGGCACAAAUGUAAUUCCCAUACAGCAAGUUGCACCCUUGACAGAGAUUUGCAACAACUCAUCUUCUUUCACACCUUCCCCGUGUUUGUCAGCAUCCCACAAGUCUUGUUUUGCGGGAGUCUCCCAAGCAGAUAGCACUAUGAAUGUAAUUCCAGACAGACCUUCUGUCACCAGUGGCACCACCGGAGGUCCCAAAAACCCUUCUGACUCUAAACAAGAACUAAAGACUGUAUGCAUCAGGGACUCUCAGUCUAUACUAGUCACCACUAGAGGGGGCAACACUGGAGUGGUGAAGGUUCAAACCUCCGACCAGGCUGUGUCUGGCUUCUUGGCUACUAGCCCUAUUAUCACCAUUUCCCCACAGUUCCAGGCAUUUCUUGUUUCCCAGUCCUCUCCAUCUUCAACUUCCACUCCCCUUAAAGUUCAGAGCACAACAGGAUCUGCCAGUUCAGCCACUUCUGUAUUCAGCAUGUCGUCUCUACCUAGUUGUCUGUCCCAGCAUCCAUCUGCUUUUUCCAUUCCAGCCACUUCAGGACAGAAAGUAGGCACUACUGUUAACUAUGCCUUAAACCAGACAAGUAAUAGUAUUUCUGUACCAUUAACUACAAGCAAAUGUACCACAACAACACGGCCUUUCAUUCCCCACAGUUCUGCAUUAUCAACAAUUCAUCACAGCACUUUCACUUUACACACAUCAUCUGGUAAAAGUGAUAUUGUAAGUGCCCACACUUCCUCAGCACCGUGUACUACUAAGCCUUUAGUUAAAAAGACUCAACCAGAAGAAACAAUUUCUGAAAUACCUUCCAUGCAGAGGGUUAUCCUUGUUACAUCAUCAUCAACUGUUGCAUCUCCUGCUGUAGCGUCAAAAACCCUUUCAUCUUCAACUGUGUCAACCCCUCGACUUAUGUUUGUUAGUCAGACACCUGCCUCUGUUGACCAGACACCAGUUAGCAUUCCAAAACAGACAGUGUCCCUGACCUCAGUGUCUCAAGUUACUGACAGGAAGAUUGGACUCACCCUUAAUCAGCCCACUGGCAACAACACCAGCAGCUCCUUGCAGAAAAUCCAGACUUUUGGGCUGAUGUCAAAUUUGUCUAAUAUGUUACCAGCAGAAGCCUUGAACAAUGGUAAACACAUUGGCUUGCCUCUGGUAGGAUCAGAUUCCAAAAGCACAUGUAUAAAUGCAAAUGUUUUGGAUGCCACAUCAGGUGGUAAGACUCUUGAAUUCUCUACUUUUAAAACGGGGCAUUUAGUGCCCUCUGCAAUCUCAGCAGUUUCCCAGCAGCCGAGUGUCCUCUCAUCAGUAGCACCCUUGUUUUCCAGUUUGGGAAACCCAAAAACUGUUCUGUCAGACAGCAGCUCUUUUAAUAAUUUGCAGACUUUGCAGACUUCUGUGAAGAGAUUUGUCAACAAAGACCCAGUUCUGAUUAACACAGCCCCCACAGGACCUCCAGCAACUGGCGUUUCACUCGGUAAAACACAAUUUCAGGUGCCAGCCACAUCGAAAUCCAUCCCCUUGAAAAUGUCUCCCAUCAUACCAAACUCUGUGUCACAGUCCCGUUUUUGUAACUCUCCCACCCCUACAAAAAUGUUUGGUACCACACUUCCUGCAACCCAAACUGCAGAGCACUCUGUAUUUCAGACUCCAGGAGUGUCUCCUGCCAGCAUACAACAGAAGAUUGUCAUCAACACCACCACUCCUCUGUCUCCUGGAAGUCACAUUGUCAUCAACAACACCAGGUUCAUUGUUCCUGCUCAAGGCCUUGGACCAGGGAGCCAUAUGCUCCUUAUAUCCAGCCCAGUUGUUCCUCUGCCGGGCCCUCAAGGAACAAACCCUACUGCUGCUUCACAAAAGGACUCUGAAAAGCAGGGUUUUGCAGUACCUUCUGUUCAGAGCCCAAGAAAGUCCCCACCAACUACAAAACCCCUGUCUCCUGCAAAGAGACACCCACUGCCCACCACUGUUAAAGUGACCUCUUCCUACGCAUGUCUUGUUGCUCCUCAGAUGAAUGCUGUUGGAAGCACAGUGAGAGCUCCACUGUCAACAAGCAACACAACAUCAGCUGCCCAGGUUUCACAGAUACUUGCUGUUCCACCUACAACUUGCCAAGGUUUGCCUAAUCCCCUUAGUCCUCCUUCAGUUCUGUCUGCUGAAGGGAAGGAUAUGUUGGGUAUGCCAGUUCCAGCUAUAGGUAACCAAAUGAAGGACUCCUCUGUAACAAUUUCUCAGAGACCUUUGAGUUUACUGAGUACUGCAAAACCAGCAAAUAUACCUGGUGGACUUUCAAGUGCAGUAUCCAGGGCACAUUUAACAUCAGCUGUGCCGCCAGUGGGUGCAGUCAUCUCUCAAACACAAGUGUUGCCUGCAGCAGCUGUUCCACCAAUUGGAGGUACAAUUUCCAGGAUACAGUCUUUGCCAGUUGCAACAGUGUUACCCAUUGGGAGUGCCUUCAGCAGGAGACAAGCAUCUCCCAUUGCAGCUGUACCACCCUCUAACAGCACUGUCUUAAUUGCUCCAGGUCAGUCAGUCAGGACUGCAAGAAACGAAUCUAACAUGUCCGUGAGUCAUACCAAUCUCACACAGGUCCUAAGCAAGCCCACCCUUCAAGUGACAGGCCCAGCAGUACUGGCAAACUCUUCUUCCACUAAGCUCCUUGUGAGUCCAGAUGGUGCCAUUCUGAAUGCCAUCAGAAGCCCCGCACUCUCCACGCCGACUCUAGAAUCAAAGACUUUGGCCACUGCAGUAGUAACCUCCAGCUCUAGUACAGGUAGUAUGCUUCCCUCACUAAAGACGCAUGAACCCCCAGGCUCUGCUCAAAGAGACAAGAUGGACCCUAGCAACUGAGUUACAUUAGUCAGAGAUGUUGGGUAAUGACAAAUUCCAACUGCCUUUUGAGUAUUUGGGACAGCAAACGGAAUUGUAUGUAGUAACUCUUGCUCUUUUUUUAGAGAAACUUAAAGCUUGAAUUACUUUUUUACCUGAGUAUCUUUAAAAGACUUAUCAAACAUUAGAGUGAAAGACAUCCUCUGUAGCAUCUAGCUGUAUAAUUUCAAGUGUUUUGAAAUUAUAUUGAACAAGAUUUACUUGUGGUUUUCUAAAAAAAAAAAAAAUAAAGGGUUGUGAAGUUCCAACGAAUUGUGCUUUUUGGAUAUGACCUUGAAUUAAAAGGUACAUUUACCUAGGAGACAUUUUAUGUUUCCUAGACCAGUUUUUACAUAAUUUUAUAGGUCUGCAGGGGUUUUUUUGUUUGUGUGAAUCUAGUUAAGUCAAUGAAUGUCAUUGUAGCACCUCUUCAUUUUAGUUGUGAAUUAUCUGCCAAUCUUUUUAGUCUAGAUGUCAAGCAGGCUGUUAGGGUUUUUCUAUCUUGAAUUAUGGCAGCAGUUCAUGAUUAACAUUUUUGGAUGUCUUUGCAGCUUUGAUGUUGGUCUCAUUUGUUAUAAACAAUUUAAUUUGACCCAUUUUAACUUAUCCAUGUCCCUUUUGCAAAAGUAGUGUCAUUUUAGAAAUGCAGCUGUGUACCUGUAACA